AUGGAUGUGGAAAGGACAAUAGGUAUUUCUCCAAACUCAGAGUGUUUAAAGGGAACUGUAUCGUGCCAAUGUGAAUUAGGUCGAGAGAAAUUGCUAACCGCUCCGCCUUACAAACGUAACUCAUCUCCGAUUGAAGAUGAUAUAAAAUCACGUCUACAAACAGCACCGUGUGCAAGAGAACUCGAACAAUAUAAAUGCCCAGUCAGCCAUAUUCCAGUGAAUUUCAAAUCGCCUCUGCACCCUAACGAAGUGUUUAACAAAGUCUUCCCGUCAAAUACCCCAAUUAAACUAGUUAAACGCAAAUUAGCCAAACUAUUAUCCAUUUCAAAUAGCAAUCUUUUAUUAACCAAAAAUAGGAACGUAUUAAAAGAUACAAGCCUUCUUUCUGAACUAAAAACUGAUGCUUUAGGAAAUCUUUUUAUAGAUGUUUUUACUAAAGAUUCAGAAGAUUUUUCUCUAUCAUCUAUACCCAAAGAGUCAUACGUUCACGAACUUUUACAAGCAAUGAUGCCAAAAAAGAAGACUAUGCCAUUUAUUGCGAUUAAAUUUAGUGUACAUAAUCAAAACAACGCAUUCACGCGGUCGUACCACUCAAUAAUGAGAGUUCAUGAGGUGAAGAAAAAUUUAGCUGGUAUAUUUCAAACAGCUCCCGAUAAUAUUGUAAUACUAAGACAAAAUCGUCCCUUAAAAGAUCGCAUGGCACUUAUGGACCUAGAUUAUGAUAAAUAUGGCAUCGUUGAAGUGGAUUUAUUUACUAAAAACAACGAAACUCUUAAUCUAGAAAAACUUUACAAAGAAUUACCAAUGACUGACGUGUUGACUGUAACCGUUCCAUUCGGGAGCACACUUAAACAUAUAAACGUUGAAGUAUUUUCAGAACCGAUGCGUAAACCCUUUUUAGGUGGUUACCGAAAUGUACACACAGGUAUUGUUUAUCAUCACGCCUACACGCAGACUCCUCAAAAACCUGAAAAAUUGCCGCCGGAAAAGAAAAACUGUAGAGACACCCAAACGGCUGAAAUGCGAGAGAAAAUAUAUGACACCAAUUACAGCCGAGCUACUCAAAUGCAAACAGUACACGCUUAUAUACCAAACGUAACAGACAGAAUUAUUGUACCGAAACCUUAUGAGACUUACGAGGAAAUGAUCGCAAGACUUAAUCACGACCACUACGCUGCAGUUAUACAACGAGCGUUUAAACAUUAUCAGUUUAGACAAAAGGUUAAGAGAUGGCUUCGGGAAUGCAUGGAAAGGAUAGCUAGAAUGGAAGAAGAGCGGAGACGGGAACGUGAAGCAAUGGAAAGAAGACUUAAAAGAGAUUUGGUUACUAGGACGUUUCCAAAAACCAGAGAAGACUUUGACCAACUUUACGCAAUGGUCGAUCGCUGGAAACAUGCAGAAAUAGCCAGAAUAUCACAGUUGCAUUCCAAGGGUCCAAAAAUUGCAGAAUUUACACUUUUACUAGAUAAAGAGGUUGAACUUCUGCGCUGUAUUGAAGCAUAUCGAGUUAAAGUAAAAGAGGACAGUCGUAAAAUUAAAGAAAAACAAUUCUUAGAAGAAAUAUCGAAACCUGUAGCGUGGUAUGGACGUGACAGAAAGCUUAUUACUAUGGACACUGUAGAGAUACAAAAGGCAAGGAAAUUGAAGGAAUUGUAUAAUUCAUUUAUAAGAGAUGACGUUGAGGUUAAGGAACGAAUAGAACUUCUCGUAAAUAUGAAAUUCGCUCUUCAAGAAUUCCGUCAUCCUUUAGCUGAAGAGACCAUAACACUUUUAGACCGCGAAUGUGACCUGCUUGUGAGACGAUGCGACAAUCAACAAUUAGAAUUUUUAAGGCGACGAGUAGCAGCAUGUGUGUUUCAACUGAUAAAAACGUCCGAAUUAAACUCUGGCGUAACAAAAUGUAAAGAGCUCAGAGAUUAUAGAAAGACCGAAAACAGUAGAUUACAUUUCUGCGAAAUGUGUCACCAGGUUAAAAUUAAUACAGACUUUCCUUUGAACGCUAAGAUGUCGGGUUUCACAGUAUGCACAUCGUGUUCUUGGAAAGAUGUGUCAGAACGUUGUUGGAUCGACAUGACCCCGUACAAAUUUAUUCUAAGAGCCGUCCAACGUGAUGAAAGGAAAAGAAAAUGUUGGGGUUCUUUGGCUUUCGUUCUUCAGGAAAAGGAUAUAUUUUUCAUAGUAGAAAAGCUUUGGCAUUCGCAUUCAGCGAUAAGUGAGUGUACAGAUAUGAGCGAGUUGCGGCUCUGUCGUUGGCGUGUCAACGAAGAUUGGUCGCCUUGGAAUUGCUUUCUUGUUACAGUACAAGAAAUGAAAGCGCACUGUAAAUUAGAAGACCCCGAGGCAGUUUAUGACGAAGAGUUAGUCCAAAAAGUCCUAAAUAAACACAAACUAGCUAAGGCUAACUUUGAGCAACUUUUAGCUGUAAAUAAAAGAUUUACAGAGAGCGGUGAUUGGGCUGGUAUUCGCGCACCCGCUAUAGUUAGAGCUAAUGGUGUAGAUCGAAUAUGA